AUGUCUGCUGGUAAGAGGAGUAAACACCAUGAAGAAUACCAAGAGGAGAAGCUCUACCAGGCUGGAGGUGAAGAGCCAAAUCUCCAGGAUGCUCAAGCUACUGCAGAAGGGGAAGAUGAGUCUCCAUGUUCUUCUUUUAGUGUUUUGGGAAACACUUCCCAGAGCACCUCUACCGCAGGUUUUCCCCCAAAGUGUCAGAGAGUUCAAUCCUCCUGCUUUCCUGAUGCAGCUGUUUCAUGUGAGUAUUCUGAUGAAGGGAAUGAGAGUGAAGUGGAGGAAUGUUCAAGCUCCUCCAGCAUCUCAGCCUCCAUGGAGGUUAUAGGAAACGAUCCUUUGGCCAAGAACGUUAACUUGUUGGUGGAUUUUCUGCUGUUCAAGUAUAGAAUGAAAGAGCCCCUUAAGAAGGCAGAAAUGCUGAAGUUUGUCCCCAAGAAGCCCUUCCCUCAGAUCCUCUUGCGGGCUGCUGAACACUUAGAUCUGUUCUUUGGCCUUUGCCUGAAAGAAACAGACCCUUUUGGUAACACCUAUGCAUUUGUUAGCGAACUGGAUCCUUCCAAUGAUGAAAGUGUGGAUGAGAGCUCUGAUUUCUCUGGGAUGGGACUUUUAAUGUCUCUUCUGGGUGUUAUCUUCAUCAAUGGUAGUCAUACCUCUGAAGAAGACAUGUGGCAAUUCCUGAAUGUAAUGGGAAUCUAUGAUGGGAAGAAGCACCCCAUUUAUGGGGAUGUCCGGAAGCUCAUCACUGAAGACUUGGUAAGGGAAAAGUAUCUGGAGUAUCAUCAGGUGCCUGACAGUGAUCCUCCAUACUACGAAUUCCUAUGGGGUCAAAAGGCGCAUGCCAAAAUUAGCAAGAUGAAAGUCCUCGAAUAUUUGGCUAAGGUCAAUGGUACUGUUCCUGCUGCCUACCAGUCACAGUAUGAGGAUGCUUUGAGGAGUGAGGAUGAGCAAAUACAAGCCAGAAAUGCAGCCAGGCUUGGUAUAUCUGACAGGGCCGGCACCUAA